AUGUCCCUCGCCCCGCCCUUCACUCGCGAGACGGCGAACGUCAAGGUCAAGAAGGCGCAGGAUCUGUGGAACACGCAGGAUCCCGCCGUGAUCGCCAAGGCGUACACCGAAGACUCGAUUUGGCGCAACCGGUCCACGUUCCUCAAGGGCCACGAUCAGAUCGUCGACUUUCUGACCAAGAAGUGGCAGAAGGAGAAGAGCUACCGGCUGCGUAAGGAACUGUUCUCCUUCGCCGACGACAAAAUCGCCGUCCAAUUCUGGUACGAGUACCAAGACGCGCACGACGGGAUGAAGUGGAAGCGUUGCUACGGGCUCGAGGACUGGACGUUUGCGGUCGACGGGCGCAUGCGCAAAAGGCAGAUGAGCGGCAACGACGUCGAGUUGGGCGAGGGCGAGCGUUGGUUCGCGGGCGACGUCGACGUGAACACGGUGGAGAUCGGGGAGGAGCAUUGGUGA